GUGCUUUGUGUUUGUUCUCUGUGUGUGCCUUAUACAGUUGUAUAUAUAUUCUUCCCAUGCUAAAAGAAAAUGUCCCAUGCAAAGAAAAUGGAGCUUCUACUCAUCUUCCCUGCUCUUUCUAUUUGCCUGUCUGUGCUUCUAACAUCCUGCGGUGGUGUCCAAAUUCAAGAACAAGCCAUGGUUAGUAAAGUUGAUGAAGUCCAGUUUGAUCUCCCUGCUGCUGCACUUCCAAGGAAGCUUAGAGUAGUUCUUGAUGAGAAAGCAACACUUGUUAAUGAUCAUGGUGGUCAAGGCUCCACUUCAAGCAGUAACCUGCAGAGAGAAGAUAUUUCAGGAAGAGCAUAUAAAAAGGAAGAAAAUGCGAUGAAAGGAAGCAGAGGGACAAGGCAAGAGUGGGUGGAGGGGAGGGACACAUGGCAGUAUUUUACGAUGGAUUAUUCCCACGUUAGAAGAAGACGGCCGAUACAUAACAAAGCGGUGCCGGUUGGUCCAUGAAACAUGGAUUUUUAAUCCCAUAACCUAAUUGAUUUAGCAGUACAGACAGCAGUAGAGGAUCCAUGGAACAAGCUUUUUUGGACAUUAAAUUACUAUGUUCUUGUUUUUGUAAUUAGGAAAAUGGGGGAGCUUUUUUUGCCAGUAUAUCUCUGUUAUGGCCGACAUCUUGCAGCAAAACCCCUAAAUUUUGUAUCAAACUACUACAUGUAUUAACCCUUCUCUAA